CCGGAGUACCCGGAGAAAAACCACCGGCCUACGUACCCCUCCGACAGUCAGACAUAGAUCAGUUAGGAAACGCAAGGAUGAAAAGAAGGAAGAAGAGGAAAGACAAACUGAAAGAUCAGAUGAAAGUGAAAGUAGACGAAGGGAAAUCACAACAGUCCACUCUGGUGAUGAAGCAGAUUCCAGAUCCGAGAAAGAUAAGAGAUUGGCUAAUACCCCUGAAGACUCUGACGGUACAGAUUCCCAGGUAUCCAGUGGAAGGCCUCCAGUCCUUGACCCUAAUGCUUCUCCACAACAGCGGGGACCGAGUCAGAAGACGAUGAUGCAAGUUCCACGAGACAGUGUGGGUGUUUGGAAGUUCGGCGAAGACAACUUUUUCACUACGGUUCCAAAUGCAUGGACUGUUUCCGAUUGCAUUGCGCAUGUAAGAAACAAAAUAGGAAGAUUCGGAUACGGUGACCUUGACCUUUUGAUCAAGAAUCGUUGCAUCAUGCUAGACAAAGGGAAGUCACUCUCAGAUUACCCUGGGUUAAAAUCACUUUACGUCAUCCGGAGACCGUCCUCCAGAGACCCACAUCCGUUCCACCAGACAUCAAGGCCUGACGACACAGAACCGUUUUCAGACGACACGUGUGUAGCGAUGUCAUGUGGCCAUGCUGUCUCUCCAGAAAACCUAUAUCUAUACGCAUGGAAAAAGAUACAAAAUGGCGGCAUCGAAGUCACGUGUCCAGCUGUACCGGAUAUAAACAAGCCAGGUGAACAAUGCUCAAAAACAUGGGAGUUUCAGUCUAUAAGUAAACUAGCAUGUCUCUCUAAUGACGAAAAUAACUUGUUUUGUAGCAAAUUAUUUUCAAAUGUUUUAGAAAAGAGAGGCCAAUAUUUAUCUCUGUCCAGUUUGCAAUGAGGCGAUUUUCAGUAGUUGUAAAACGGCGUUCAAAGUGCUUCAACUGCGAAAAAAGUGGAGCCUCGUUCUCAUUCUGUGUCAGAUGCAACCGAACCACUAUUGGUGACAUCUGCUACAAUCCUGAAUGUCAAGAAAGUUUACCAAAAAUAAGAGCAUUGUUAAGGAACUGCGGAACGAGAACUCUGGUAGAUGUGCCGAACUGUCCUUCCGUUCGCGCAUGCCCAGUGUGUCACUGUGUCAUAGAAUACGAUGAGGGAGAAAGUUGUAAACACAUGACGUGUCCACGGAACUCUUGUCAGACGAAAUUCUGUUUUAUUUGUCUGAAGGUGAAGACGGACAAGUAUUACUGGCCGUGUGGGGGCGCUUUUGAGCCAUGUAGUCCUAGUCCGACACAGAAUAUCUAGGAUUUGUCCUAGUGGUGGAUGCGGGUGGGGGAUUGGGUUCGAACUUCUUUUUCUUGGAACCGUGCAUAUUUACUACCGGGGUGUAUUAACUAUACAUAUGUAAAGGAUUAAAGUGCGAAUCAUUAAAGUUUAAAUACCCAGUGAAUCACAAGAAUUGUCUAAACUGGGACAUAAGUUCUUCUACCAGUCGUAAU